AUGGACUUCGAAGUGGACGGACUGUUCAGAACUGACGUGUCGAUCGACACCGACCUUAAUAAGGCAGAGCCUGGAGCACAGGUAGCCGUGAGAGUGAAUACAAAGCCGGACGCGUGGGUGGGUAUAGUAGGUGUCGAUCAGAGCGUACUUUUGCUGAAAUCUGGUAAUGAUAUGACGCGCGAAGCCGUGAUCCAAGAGUUACAGACAUACGACACAACAUUUACAGACAAUUAUUGGGAUGGCUACACAUCCAAUGCCCAAAAACUAUUCAAUUUUUCGGGUGUUGUGGUCAUAUCUAAUGGUCUCGUUUAUAAAGACUAUGUAUCUAUAAUCAAUGAGUUGAGAAUGAUGGCAGAAACAAUGGCCGUAGAAUUACAGAAAGACAGCAAAUUAGACUACCUUUGCACCAGAUCAGCAAAGUGCGUCCAUCGUUCGGUUCAGCAUCAUUUGGAUCGCAUACCCAAAGCUGCUCCCCAGCGAGUGCUAACCAAUAUCACCGCUAUUGCUAAAACUAGGAAACAUUUUCCCGAAACUUGGUUAUGGACCUCAAUGCAAACAGGGAGUAAUGGUUGCGCUGUUAUCAAGAGCACAAUCCCCGACACAAUCACCUCGUGGUUCAUCAGCGCAUUCGCUAUGCAUAUGGAGACUGGUCUGGGCAUUGCACCCACACCUACGAAAAAUUCUUUAGGAAGCACAAUCCCCGACACAAUCACCUCGUGGUUCAUCAGCGCAUUCGCUAUGCAUAUGGAGACUGGUCUGGGCAUUGCACCCACACCUACGAAGGUCACAGUUUUCCGACCGUUUUUCAUCAAACUAUCGCUGCCUUACUCUAUAAUAAGAGGCGAAACAGUAGCCAUUGAGGCCAUUGUCUUCAAUUACACCACAAAACCAAUUCAAUCGGAAGUAGUAUUUGAUAACAAAAAGCAAGAGUUUGAGUUUAGCGACCAAUUGGACACAAAAGGCGUAAAUGUCUCUGAAAUGAGACAAUUGGUGUCAAUCCCUGCCAACGAUGGCGUUUCGGUCGCAUUCACGAUAACACCGAAAACUAUGGGUUAUAUUGACAUCAAACUGACGGCUAACUCAGCCAUGGCUGGAGACUCUGUGCUGAGGAAACUACUGGUGAAACCCGAGGGUCAGACACAACACUUUAAUCAAUCAGUUCUCGUGAAUCUGAAAGAUUCGGCGAAUGUAUUGACGAAACAUAUCUCAAUAGUUAUCCCGAAGAUAGCGGUUCCCGGCUCUCAGAAAGUAUGGCUGACAGCCAUUGGGGACAUAAUGGGACCCAUUGUUCAUAAUUUGGAUGAUUUACUGCGAAUGCCAUACGGAUGUGGCGAACAGAAUAUGAUUAAUUUUGUGCCGAAUAUCGUUGUAUUGAAUUACUUGAAACAAACGAAUCGAUUGACUCAACAAAUCAAAUCGAAAGCCAUUUCUAAUAUAGAGAUCGGAUAUCAACGGGAAUUGACUUAUAAGCGAAGGGACGGGUCGUUCAGUGCGUUCGGCGAUGGGGACAGUAGUGGCAGCACGUGGUUGACGGUCUUUGUGGUCAAGGCUUUCAUUCAGACCAAAGGGCUGGUAGAUAUCGAUCACGAUGUUAUCGAUAGAGCUAAAGCGUGGCUACUCAGACAACAGAAUAGCACCGGUAGUUUUGACGAACCGGGCGUUGUGUGGCAUAAAGCUAUGCAGGGCGGGGGGUCUGAAGGAAAGGCAGUUUUGACGGCUUAUGUUCUCAUUGCUAUACUUCAGGAUAACUGUCCCAAAACAGAGACCAUAACUGCCAUAAAGAAAGCUAAAAGUUAUUUAGAAAAUAAGUGGAAAUCCACACAAAAUCCGUACGACUUAUUGAUUAUGAGUUACGCCUUAUGUCUGUCCGACAGUCCCCUCCGUAACGAUGCCGUCAAACGAGUGGUGAGUAUCGCUAAGAAGAGUACAGACUAUAUGUGGUGGGAAUCGGAUAGGGAUGCGGACAGGGAUGACAAAAAGGACAGACAUUCGGCCCACUUUUGGUACCCGCGCUCACACGACGUCGAGAUGACAGCCUAUGGGUUGUUGUCAUUGAUGACCGCAAAUGAGAUACAAAUCGGGGUACAAGUGAUCCGAUGGCUGGUCUCCAAACAAAACUCUUCGGGAGGUUUUGGAUCGACUCAGGAUACUGUGAUCGCCAUACAAGCUAUGGGAACGUUAGCCGAGCGCCUGUCGCACGCGAAUCCCUCAUUGGAUAUUAAAUUCAAAUACUUUUGUGAAGACAAACACGAGUCGCAAGACAUGCGAACACAGUGA